UCUGCUUGCUCACGUAUUGAGUUUCAUAGAUUUGUGCACGGUUAAGCUGUUCGCUCCGCUAUGUAUACGCGACGUGUUCUGAUGUUAGUGCUCCUCAUUCUUGGACCCGCCAAUGCCCAGAUGACAAAGCCGGAGUUCAAAGAAUACAUCCUGCAAUACAUCAAUGACUUGCGCAGAAACGUGGAUCCUGAAGCCGCCGACAUGCCGAAACUGUCAUGGGAUGACGACCUGGAGGCGAGAGCUCAGUAUUGGGCCGACACCUGCUCCUAUAAUUACAGAGGCGCCACUACGCUACCGGACAAGCCUCAUCUGGGUCGUAUCUAUGAGAUAAAGACAUCUUCACAGUCUACCGAUCCGGGAGUGGCACUGGGGUAUUUGGAAGAGGACAAGCAGUACAAAGAUUUUGGGCCCGAUUCCUGCCUCAGCUGUGACGAAUACCUAAAGGUGAGCGCUCGAUUGUUCGAAGAUGGUUAA